AUGCUGCUAUUGCUGUCGUUCUCGUGCAUGAUGGCGAUGCUGGUGUACCAGCGGUUCGCGGCGAUGCCCACGCGCAUCAGCAUCGUCAACCAGUACGAGCCGCUGCUGGGAGUGCCUUACCCCUCCAUCACCAUCUGCUCGCCCAACCAGAUCACAAUCAGCGCCCAGUUCCCGCGCUGCCGGGGGCUGUUCUACCCCGUCCUCACCGAGCACGGCCUAUGCUGCACCUUUAACAACAUGUACCAACUCGUCGACGGAAAGCGUAACGUGCACAGGAGCGAUUACGAGAAGCUCCUGGUGGAGCACUGGGGAUUCCCCAACGCCCUGAAGGUGGUGGCGGACUAUGAACCGGACGACGCGCUCGACCACACCAUCGCUAACGGCGGCAGCAUACGGCGGCACCUGCAGCACUUCGGUGCGUACCACAGCAGCGUGUGCGCAAAGGAGUGCUUCGCACGCCGCGUUUGGACCGCGUGCGGCUGCCUGCCCGCGUUCCUGCCGCACCUGCCGCCGGGCCGCGUCUGCACGCUGCCCGCGGUGCCCUGCUUCCUGCGCCUCAAGAAACAAAAUCACCCGACCAGUGCGGAGUGCGAGUGCCCGCGGAACUGCGAGUCGCGACGCUACUCCGCCGACAUGACGGUCGGCAACCUGCGCGCAAUAUCGCACGCCCUUGAUGACAUCUAG